CCGCCCGUACUGCGGUUACUGGCGGCGCGGGGCCUGACGUCAUUUGAGCGCGGGUUUGAAAAUACAAAGCGGGCCCGAGGCGGCGCAGCCGGGAGCGCGGCCCCGCAGGGAGAUGGCCGGGGAGGGGGAGUCCCCCGGGCUGUUCGCAGAGACAGAGGCCGUAGCCGCGGGCUGGAUGCUGGAGUUCACCUGCUACGCGCUGUGCCGGCACUUCCGGGAGGGGCGCACGCGGGACUUCGAGCGGAGCCGGGACACGGCGCAGGCUAUUAUUAAUGGACUGUCCAAAAUAGCUACUCAUCAGAUGAAAACAGUGUACUUGUGUCAGUUUUUGACACGAAUUUCAGAAGGAAAAACACUUGGUCGUCGCUUUGAAAGCGAUCAGAGAAUUUCACCUUUGGAAUCAGCUCUGUCAAUUUGGAAAUUGCUUGAAGAGCAAAGCAAACCAGAUAACCUGCAUGAAGACAUUCAUCGCUUAAUUUUGAUUCAGGCUGUAGCCAUCCACAUAGAGAGAGGAUACUUUAAGGAAGCUACAGAAGUCCUUGAAAGACUAUUUUCAGAAUCGGAAUCCAAUAAGGCUUUAAGAAUGAAGCUGGCCUUAAUAAUUAAUGGGAAUAAUCCAGAUCUGCCUUUUCUUCAGAGCUUCAGUUAUAAUCUCUUGAUCGAUAAAAUCAAGUCUUACAUUGAUGUUUUCUUGACAGAAAACUCAACGAACUUUCUAAUCAAGGCAGCCACAAAAGAGGUGGAGACUAAAAGAUUGGAAGCAACAAUGUCACACGAUAAACCUGAAAAUACUAUUGAAACAAAUAAUGAAAGUAAUUUGGAAACAGAACAAAGUAAUCUAGAAGAUCAGAGAAGUAUUGCAAAUGAAUCAUCCGAGAAUGCAAGAGAACAUCUAAAAAGGUCACGCAAACGCCUUUAUUCCUUAGCACAGCAUACCCUCUGGAAGCUAGAAAACGUGCCUUCUAAUGAGAUAACAAAACACAAUAAAACCAGUUGUCUUCAAAGUCUCAGUGAUUUGCAGAACAUUGAAAAUGAUGGAAAAUCCCUGUCUCACAGCCAAACUGGCCGAAAGAAGCGGCGAUGGACUUGGGAAGAAGACAGUAGACUGAAGGAUGGGGUAAAGAAGUUUGGAGUGGGAAAUUGGAAUAAAAUUCUGAUUCAUUAUGACUUCAACAACCGAACCAGUGUCAUGUUAAAAGACAGAUGGAGGACUAUGAUCAAGAAAGACAUUGCUUAGUUGGACAGUGAGAACUAACUUCAAGUCUUGCACCACUUUUCCCAUGAGGAUAAUGUUUGGACACCUAGCUAGCUUUUCCCAAUAAUUUUGGUUAUAAAGUGUUGUGGGCAGUUAAAGUUGAUAUAAAAUAACUUCCUGUGUGUAAAUUCACUAAUACAGUAAUUAAGACUGUUUCUCUCUCUCUCUCUCUCUCUCUCUCUCUCUCUCUCUCUGCAUGUGUAUACUAGGAAAAGCAAUAAGUAAUAAUGUAAGCUCUUAAUCUUAUAUUUUUUUCCUUUAGAAGGUGUUAAUAUUUUUGAAUUUUUUUAAUUCUGCAAAGCAAAAGAUACCAUAGCUUGUCAGUUCUGGUUAGAUAACGUAAAGUCUCAAAACUAGCAUCCUGAAGGUGGAACCAGAACAAUAAAAGGUAUACAUCAUCUGUAUAUGCUCUUGUUUGAGUAUAGAUAUGUAACUUAACAUAAAAGAUGGCAUUUGUCUGUAUAAAGUGGAUGUUAUCACUCAUGAAAUGUAAAUGUUUUACUUAAUUUGUAAAAUACUAAUUAUGUAAUAUUAAAGAUGUAAAUAGACUGUAAAACAGUAAGCUGUCAUAAAGACUUGCA